GCCCUUCCAGGUCUGUUUUAGCGUACACGGAAUACUUUGGUGAUGCGUCCGGCCUUCAAAAAAUCGGACGUCGAGGAAUAAAAGGCAUACGGCUACUCAAAGGCCAGGCAAGUACUCAAAGCAAAAGGUGGACUUUGGAUACUUAUGAAGAACAACUCAUGUGAAAACUGGAAAUUCAGCAUUGUAAACUCAUUAUUGAUGGGCGUCAUUGUGAUUCUGGAUUUGUGCCUCAUCUGUUUCUCCAUUAAAGAAAAAUGAUGGAGCAAUUUCUCGAAAUAACACUUUAAAAACCUCUUGUUACAAAAAUUCACGAAUGUGAGUUAAACAUCAAACUGCAUUAACCAGACGAGCAUGUUAUGAAGAGGGUGGUUCUACAAUAGUGUGCUACCAUGUGUCUAUUCUGAUCUUCAGAGAAAGUCGUGUACCGGUUUGUUGAAAUUCAACUGUGUGAACGUCAGAACUUGUUUUGGUUCUGUUUCACUUUUUUUCGGAUCAUACUCUCAGAUAUUAAGAAUAAUGAAUCUUCAGUUCUGCAGCCUACAUCUGAUGCAAGAACAGUUCCACUAAAAUUUGUUUUCCGGAGUAUUUGCAGUCUUCGGCGCAUCGCCGGUCAAGUUUAAACACCAUGAGUUGUUUCUGUUCGGUUCAAGAGGAGUUUUAUUGUGAGGUGCUUCUCCUAGAUGAGACAAAGUUGACGUUAACCACGCAACAGCAAGGGAUAAAGAAAUCGACCAAGGGGUCCGUAGUGCUGGACUUUGUGUUUAACCAUGUGAACCUGGCGGAGACGGAUUACUUUGGCCUGCGUUACUGUGACUGCAGUCACCAGACGUAUUGGCUCGAUGCUACAAAAACACUCGCAGAACAUAAAGAUUUAAUAGCAACAGGGCCUCCGUACACGCUGUAUUUUGGGGUCAAGUUCUAUGCUGAGGAUCCUUGUAAACUUAAAGAGGAAAUUACGAGGUACCAGUUCUUCCUCCAGGUGAAGCAGGAUAUUCUGCAGGGAAGACUUCCCUGUCCUUUUAACAUCUGUGCAAAACUGGCAGCGUUGGCCAUCCAAUCCGAGCUGGGAGAUUACGACCCGUACAAGCACACGCCGGGCUACGUGUCCGAGUAUCGCUUCGUCCCCGAUCAGAAGGAAGAGCUGGAGGAUGCCAUCGAGCAGAUUCACAAAACCCUAACGGGUCAGGUGCCUGCCGAGGCGGAGAGUAAUUAUUUAGCCGUUGCCAAAACACUGGAGAUGUAUGGAGUGGAUCUUCACCCUGUGUUUGGAGAGAACCAGUCUGAGUUCUUCUUGGGUUUGACACCUGUCGGGGUCGUCGUUUACAAGAAUAAAACACAAGUUGGAAAGUAUUUCUGGCCAAGAAUCACCAAAGUUUAUUUCAAAGACACCCAGUUUGAACUACGAGUCAUGGGAAAAGAUUGCAACGAGACUUCAUUCAUCUUUGAGGCACCCACUAAGACAGCUUGUAAAAAUCUUUGGAAGUGCUGUGUGGAGCAUCACACCUUCUUCAGAAUGCCUGAGAACGAUUCCAACAUGUUGACACGGAAACUCUCCAAAUUUAGCUCCCUCAGCUCUAAGCACCGCUACAGUGGAAAGACUGCCAUGCAAAUGGGCCGAGAUCAGUCCGCAAACCUGCCGCGGCCCGACCUCCAAGUCGUGAGGACCCGUAGCAAGACCUACCCAAAGAGAAUCACACAGCCCACAGGGCUGAACAAUGGAAAUCGAGGCAUCUCAAAGUCAGAGGAGACACAGAGUGAAGGACUGUCUAAGGUCACCACAGUGUCACCAGUGAAGAGCCCUAAAGUAAACAAGUCGGAGAGCGGCACAGAGGAGCAGAGCAGCAAGCCGUGUGCACCCUGGGAUGAAAAUGCCCCACAGAGUGGACUCUACAACUCCGCCAGCGAACGAAAUAAGUCUCCCAAAUUCCCAAACGCUCGGCGACGCACACCCUCAGGGGGCAGCGAGAACGAGACGUCUCACUCAGCCAGACGCAGGAGAGCCCAAAGCAGUGAAGACCCAGAGAACAGACAGCAAAGGAGAAGGUCACGUUCCCGUGGCAACACCAGCAGUGGCAGUGAGUCUGAGAAUUCCAACAAAGAGCAUCGUAAAAAGAGAAACCGGUCCCGUCAGGAGAACGAGAUGGUGGACUCCGGGCCCCAAUGGGAGGCCGUGCUCCGCCGACAGAAGGAGAAAACCCCGAACGACCCCAAUCAUCGACGAUCGCGCCAUCGCUCCAGAUCGAGAAGCCCUGACGUGCAGGCCAAAGAACAGCUUUGGAAACAUAUUCAAAAGGAGCUGGUGGACCCCGCUGGACUGACGGAGGAGCAGCUGAAGGAGAUCCCCUACAAGAAAGUGGAAACCCAGGGCGACCCGAUCCGGAUCCGACACUCUCACUCGCCGCGGAGCUACCGACAGUAUCGACGGUCCCAUUGUUCAGACGGCGAGAGGUCCGUGCUCUCUGAGGUCAACUCCCGCACAGACCUUGUGCCACCUCUCCCUGUCACACGCACUGCGGACGCCCCCGGUUCUAGCUCCGCCCAUUCACAGAAAAAGAAUGGGUCCAAAGACAACCUGUCUGAGGGCCCAGACCAGGAGGGUAAAACCGGUGCCAGAGUGGUAAAGACCGUCCAUAACCCUCGGUCAAAGACCGAAACAUGACCGCUCUCUCUGCGGUCGACGCGGUGGUGAAUUGCUGCGUCGGUUUUGGAAGAAGGAUUACUGACUGAGAAUGGAAUGCACAGUAACGUGUUGGAGACGAUGUGACUGAUGUAACCUGGAUCGCUGUCCUAAAAGUGAACCUCAGCAUUUUUGUUACACACACAGAUCUUGUCUUUCCCUCGAGAAAUCAUUUGAGUUGAGCCUGAUCAUGGAAACAAGGAUCAUCUCUGAGCUGUGGAAAGGAGUAAUAAAAGACUUUGCUCCCAACACCUCAAGAGUCUCACAUCCCUGGACUGAAACCAAGCCAUGACACAGUGAAACUCCUCUUAGUACAUUC